GUCCUCUGCUGCGGUAUUGCUUGUUACGAAGGAUUCACAACAACUUCAGGCAUUUUCUUUCUAACCUCUACCUUGCAGCGGUUCCUUUAUCUUUGGCGCAUCUUAUGCUCUACAUUCCAUAGUAAAUAUCUAGUUGCUUACCGUGACUAUCAACACUCAGGAUCGUCGUCUCGAAUAGCUAGUCGACACGGUUUCACUAGUUAUGUCUGAUUCUUUCGCUGACCUUUGGAACUCAUCUGCGCCUACAAAACCAACCCAGCCGCAAAAACUUGGCGCUAUAUCUCCACAAAAUACCAACCCUCGCCGCCCUCAAAACGAUGUCUUUUCUUUGCUAGCUUCAUCCGGUUCUCAGCCUUCUUCUCGAAUACAGUCUCCCGCAGUCUCCAGCCCAGCCCAAAGUAAUAGAUCAGUACAGGCAACGCAGGCUACAAACGCAAGCAAGAGCAAUGGCGAUGCUUUCAGUGGGUUGUUGUCGGGGUCAUUGGGUAAAGGGCUGGGAAAUGGUGGUGCGAAUAUGACUAUCGCUGAACGCGCUGCAAUGGUCGAGAGAGCGAAGUCGCAGCAGUAUCAACGGACUAUCAAUGCAGCCCAAAGCCAAAGACAAUCCCAUUCAUCAACCUGGGCUGGAAUUGAUUCGCUCGGUCAGUCCAUGUCAAAUAAACAGCCAUCGCUGGCGAUUUCUGGCAGCAGUCUAGAAGAUGACUGGGACUUGGGGUUUUCAUCUGCGCCGAAGGCCGAUACUAAACCUUCUCUGAUAGCCACACCCGUUCAUAACGACGACUGGGAUCUUGGUGGUUUGUCUUCACCCCAGCCCACUACGAAACCUCCUACCCGCAGUCAACCAUCCCAGUCUAUAUGGGAUAUAGAUGAUUUUACCUCCGAGUCUGUGUCUCCCUUGCAAGCCCCCGCACACAAAUUUCUUUCACGUUCGGACUCUCCUGGUGAUUUCGACUUUGGUAACAGAGAAGAUGGGUUGCUAGAUAAUGAUUCAGACCAUGGAGAUGACAUCUUGGGUGACCUAAGCAAACCCAUCGAUAAAGUGGCAAAAAAUAUAUAUUCGCAUGACCACUCUAACAGAGCGACGCCUUCUCCCCGUCCCCUUACAUCUGGCCAAUCCUCCAGGCCUGUCUCUCCGCCACCUCACAUUAUUGGCCAAAUAGUAGAGAUGGGUUUUUCUCCGCAACAAGCGCGCGUCGCCCUCGCCGCUACUGACACUGGACUGGAUGUCCAGGCUGCCUUGGAAACACUGUUAUCUAAUGGUGCAGGUUCAGAACCGCCUUCGAAUCGACGCCCAGUCCCAGGUCGCGAGCGCGAUAUAGAUCAUUCUUCUGAGUCGCGACGACGUCAAGGUGCUCGGACUCGGCCUCAAGCACAUGCCCAGCGUCCUCGUGAAACUUCAUCGCCCUCCGAGUCCCAGCAACAAGAUGGUGACCUCAAAGAACAAGCUGAUAAACUAAUUGCACAAGCGAACGAAAUCGGGAUAAGCUUAUUCAAUCGCGCCAAUGCCCUCUGGAAAGACGGUAAAGAGAAAGCACAGAAGCUGUACGAAGAACGAGCGGCUGCGGCGAAAGGUGCCAGUUCACCUCAGGCGCAAGAUGGGAGACCUCGGUGGAUGCAGGAAGCUUCAUUUAGAGAUGAUGAUGAUGAUGAUGAUGAUUCUAGGAGAAGAGAUCGCGAGGGUGCUUCUGCUGAUGUUCUGCCGCCGAAACCAUCGAGAAGACCGAAUGUUGAGCCUAGCCGCCAGCCACAGCCCAAAGAAAAUGAUCUACUGUCGCUGUCGGUAGACGCUCCCGUCGCGUACAAGUCACCUUUCCGUCGUGGCCGACCCAAAGCUGAAAUCGUGCAGUCUGGUCCAUCCUCAGUUCCUGCUCGAGCACCUUCUCCCAUCCAACUUGUACAGAGGCAGACCGUCUCAGCAUCUCUCUCUGCUAUCACCGCAUCUAACAAACAUAAAUUAACCGGAACGGAGAAAUAUAAACUUGGGCAGUAUGCCGAUGCAGAAAUUGCUUACUCUGCCGCCAUUGCUGCCCUUCCUCACUCGCAUCUCUUGCUUGUUCCACUGUACAACAACCGAGCCUUGACCCGCCUGAAAACAGGAAAUCACACGGCUGCUGUCGACGACUGUUCCGCUGUCAUCAAGAUCAUCGGCGUAUCGUAUCAUCCCGCUCGAGAGGCGAAAGUUGUGCGGGAGGAAGAUGGUUCAGGGGCAGAUCUCGCUGACGGCCUCGUGAAGGCCUGGAAGCGACGCGCUGAGGCUUAUGAAGGUCGAGAAAAGUGGGAGCUGGCGCAGAAGGACUGGGAGUCUGUAGCUGGGGCUGAAUGGGCUGCUGCUAAUGUACGAAAUGAGGCUGUAAGGGGAGCUGGGAGGUGUCGGAAGAUGGCAAGCGCUAGUUCUGAAGCAGGUGCUUCUUCAGCGCCACCCAAGCCUCGUCCACCACCUGUGCAGCGAAAACCACCUGCACUGAGUAGGCGUCCGUCGCCACCGUCACAAGCUCUUAACAAGCUGAGGGAAGCUAACGAUGCAGCGGAUGCUGAAGAUCAAGCUAGACAUGAGUUGAAGGACAGCGUUGAUGGUCGUUUACUGGCUUGGAAAGGAGGCAAAGAGACGAACAUAAGGGCUCUUGUGGCCAGCCUAGACAAUGUGCUGUGGCCCGAGCUAGGGUGGCAGAAGGUUGGAAUGGCAGAUCUUGUCAGUCCGUCACAGGUUAAGAUUAGGUAUACCAAGGCUAUUGCGAAGCUACAUCCCGAUAAGCUUAAUGUCAAUAAUACUACGCUAGAGCAAAGGAUGAUCGCGAAUGGCGUGUUUGGAGCACUCAAUGAAGCAUGGAACGCAUUCAAACAAUGAUUAGAUGUACCCGGAUUCUGUUGUGCUUGGUUAUAUGUUAUAGAUGAUUGAAUGUAUAUGUAGAAUUUUUUCACCGAGGACAUCAGUUAUUGCAGGAGCUUUGACAAGUU